UUAAACACAGACCCACCAAUUACGUCCAAAGUACGGAUGUAGUAUCUUCUCUCUCCGGCCUUUCUCUCUGCCUUCCCUCGCAGCUGAACAUCCUACAUCGCCGCCUUUCUCACUGCUUCGCCCAGAAAGUCCGGUGCUACCAUUGAUAGGAUGCUCAGGAAUUCAUAAUUAGGGAUUACUUUUAGCUCAAAAGGUUCUUUUCAGGAUGAUCAGAGGCUGCUGAUACUCCGCAGGUGGUUUAGAUUUAGGGCUACUGUUUGUAAUGUCGGUUGCAGAGCUGAAGGAGCGGCAUGUUGCGGCUACGGCGAUGGUGAAUACGCUGCGGGAGCGGCUUAGGCAGAAGAGACAGCUCCUGCUCGACACUGAUGUGGCGACCUACGCGAGGAGCCAUGGGAAGUCAGCGAUUACCUUCAGCCCUACGGAUCUGGUUUGCUGCAGGACCUUGCAGGGCCACACGGGAAAGGUUUAUUCAUUAGAUUGGACCCUGGAAAGGAACCGGAUAGUUAGUGCAUCUCAAGAUGGGAGGUUUAUUGUAUGGAAUGCUUUAACAAGUCAAAAAACACAUGCGACAAGGCUUCCUUGUGCAUACGUCAUGACCUGUGCCUUUUCUCCCAAUGGCCAGACGGUUGCCUGCGGUGGUCUUGAUAGUGUUUGUUCUAUAUUUAAUCUUAAUUCUCAACUUGAUAGAGAUGGAAAUAUCCCUGUAUCAAGAAUGCUAACUGGUCACAAGGGAUAUGUAUCAUGCUGUCAGUACAUUCCUGAUCAAGAAUCUCACUUGAUCACCAGCUCAGGUGACCAGACUUGUGGCUUGUGGGAUGUUACUACUGGCCAGAGGGUUUCUGUAUUUGGAGGAGAAUUUCCAUCUGGUCACACAUCUGAUGUGUUAAGUGUCUCAGUCAACACUUCGAAUUCAAAUAUGUUUGUCUCUGGUUCAUGUGAUGCAACUGCUAGGCUAUGGGAUACCAGAAUUGCUAGCCGAGCAGUUAGAACGUACUAUGGCCAUUCAGGGGAUGUUAACACAGUAAAAUUUUUCCCAGAUGGGCAAAGGUUUGGCACUGGUUCUGAUGACGGCAUAUGUAGGUUGUUUGAUAUGGGAACUGGGCAUCUGCUUCAAAAUUAUGGUCAACAUGGUGAAAAUCAGGAAGUCCAUUCGGUGAAGGCCAUUGCUUUCUCCAUAUCAGGAAGACUACUCUUUGCUGGUUACUCUAAUGGUAAUUGUUAUGUUUGGGAUACGCUGAUGGCUGAGGUAGUUCUCAACUUGGGGUCUCUGCAGAACUCACAUGAGGGUACUAUAAGUUGUCUAGGUUUGUCUUCCGAUGGCAGUGCCUUGUGCACAGGAAGCUAUGACAAAAAACUGAAGAUCUGGGCCUUUGGAGGACACAGAGAAGUCAUUUAAUCGACCGUUGGAUUUUCAGCUAAUGAUGGCCUAUUAUUUAGUAAGCCUUCCAUUUGCUUCAGGGCUCCUAAUGAAAUUCCAUUUGCAAGCAUAGAAGUAUUCGUACCAAAUGUCCUAGUUGGUGUAAAAUUUGUACUAAUUAUGCUUAUUGCAACAUUCGCUGUUUUACAUUGUGAAUUAUUCUUGUCAAGAUGCUCGUGCUGUUUUUGUUUGUUUCCGCAGAAAUUGUAAGUUGUACCAGCAGCGUACUUUUACAUUAGAGGAAUCUUUUAAUUUAUCUAGUA